CUCUUACUGUAUUGACGUUCGCAUCGUUCGUAUUGUUUAUCUUUCUCGAGAUGAACGCUAGUCGACUUUACUUAUAUUUAUUGAAGUCUCUUUAAAUAGCCAUAAUUCAGACUAUAUUAAUGAGUUUUUAAGACAUUUAGAGUGUGGUUGUGUCACACAGCAGGCGUUAAUACGAGUGUUUAGGGGUUGUUGUGUGUUUUGGCCUGAGCUGAGACACAUUCAUAUAUUUCACACAUUUAUUAUUAUUUUUUUGCUCAGGACUUUAGUGUUUUUUAUAUUUGUAUAGUAAAUCAUGGCUGUUGUCAACGAGGGAGCUCUUAAAAAGAUGCUGAAGCAAUACAAGUACAGAGAUCUCACUGUCCGAGAGAUAACAAACGUCAUCUCUCAGUACAAAGACCUCAAACCCGUUAUGGAUGCGUACGUGUUUAAUGACGGAUCAUCCAGAGACUUGAUGAGCCUCACAGGAACUGUACCAGUUAGUUAUAGAGGAAAUGUGUACAAUAUUCCCGUGUGCUUGUGGCUGUUGGAUACGUAUCCCUACAAUCCUCCUAUAUGUUUUGUGAAGCCCACCAGUGCGAUGAUGAUCAAGACCGGCAAACACAUUGAUGCCAACGGCAAGAUCUACCUUCCCUACCUGCACGAGUGGAAGCAUCCUCAGUCAGAUCUAUACGGGCUCAUCCAGGUCAUGAUCGUGGUGUUUGGCGAGGAGCCGCCUGUUUUCUCCAGACCCACGACACAGCCUCCUUACCAGGCCUUCCAAGCUGCCGGACCCCCCAACCAGUCCUAUAUGCCAGGAAUGCCAGCAGUGUCUCCGUACGGGCCCAACCCAAACCCAUGUGGUUACCCAGGUUACCCUUACCCAGGAGGCAAUGCUUACCCUGCCACAGGUGGUCCUGCACAUUACCCUUCCCAGACUCCUGCCACCACUGUGGGUCCAAGUCGUGAUGGUACCAUCGGUGAGGACACCAUCCGAGCGUCGCUAAUCUCAGCUGUGAGCGAUAAACUGCGCUGGAGAAUGAAGGAGGAGAUGGACAGAGCGCAAGCCGAGCUGGACGCCCUGAAGAGGACAGAGGAAGACCUGAAGAAAGGACACCAGAAGCUGGAAGACAUGGUGUCCCGCCUGGACCAGGAAGUGGCUGAGGUGGACCGAAACAUUGAGCUCCUCAAGAAGAAGGACGAGGAACUGAGUGAAGCUCUGGAGAAGAUGGAGAACCAAUCAGAAAACAAUGACAUUGAUGACGUGAUCAUACCAACAGCCCCGCUCUAUAAGCAGAUCCUGAACCUGUAUGCAGAGGAGAACGCUAUAGAGGACACCAUCUUUUACCUGGGAGAAGCCCUGCGGAGAGGAGUCAUCGACCUGGAGGUCUUCCUCAAGCAUGUGCGUCUGCUGUCCCGAAAACAGUUCCAGCUGCGGGCGCUCAUGCAGAAAGCAAGGAAGACCGCUGGACUGAGUGACCUUUACUGACCCUGCCGUCACCAAUGCAUUCUCCUCCUGACACUCCAGCGCUGAUCAUAUGACCCAGACUCUGAUCUGGGUCAGUGGGAGCUCACCCGUUUAUGAUAUUUUACUUCUGUGAGAAUUUUAGCUACUGUACCUCCUUGAUUUGGAUAUUUGAACACUAAAAGGUCAAAACUAGCCCUGAGAAUUAGAAGUAAAUGAUACGUCAUAGACAUUAUGUUCCUACUUUCAUUUGAGCUUCUCAUGUUAAACUGGCAGGUGUUUGCGCCUUUGGCUUUAGAUACUUUUAUUAACCAUACAGAGUGAUGCAUUUAAAAUGAGACAUCCACAGGUAAUAUGUGAGAAAUGUGGAUAGCUACUCCUAUUUUCAUUCAGGCACUGUUACAAAAUAUUGUCAUACUCCAUACCUACGUGAAUCACAGGGAAAUUCACCCCAAAAAUGAAAAGAAAAA